AUGAGUAAAUUUCGUUCCAAGCUAAAGAGGAAAGAUGGAUCAAAGCGAUGGAAGAAAGGAAGUGCUUCUUCGUCCAAUCCGCAAGAGAGCAAGCAUCGAGCUAAGGCAAAAAGCCGGUUCUUCCAAACAAACCUAAGCCUGGCUCCGACUGGCAAUCCAGCUGACCAGAAAAGCAAGUUAACGCUCGAGGCUGUGCUAAAACAUGAAGCCAUACAGUCGUACGGGAGUGGAGGUGCGGACAAAACGAAGCAACCGACAGUGAACGAUAUUGCGGCCAGCAUCAAAUCGUUCAGCAUGAAAGAUGGCGACGACGAGCUGAUGUCCGACUCACAGCAGGGAACGUUCAAAACGUUCCAAACGUUCGCCUCGAACUGGAGUGCCUGUUCGAACAUGAGCUUCAAGAAGCUACUGACCAACUUCCGUGCCGAUUCUCAGCUGCAGAAAGAUAUGCUGGCAAUAUUGGCCGCCCUUACGGAGGUUAUAAAGGAGCAUUCCGGUACUCAAAGCAGCACGGAAUACUUUCUCGCCCUCAUGGAAACAAUAGAGGCAGCCAAGGAGGACAACGACAUCAAUGCCGCCGUUUCACUGCUCGCCAUGGGUAUCAAGUCCGUCCCGCAGGCUGUGCUGCGCCAAAAGUUCUCGGACACAGCACAAACGCUGCUCGCUCUGCUCGAAAGAUACACCGAAACUGACAACCAUGCAAUGGUGCGUAAUCUGAUCGGUUGCAUUUCGGUGAUGCUAAGGGCGCAAGCGUACGAUCAGUGGAAGAUGUCUUCGACGCUGAAAUUUUUCGACGCCAUACUAGCGUUCACCACGCACACAAAACCGAAGCUACGCAAAGCGGCACAGCACGGUGUGGUUGCCGUGAUUCACGGCAGUUGCUUCAUGGUUCCAUCAAAGCAAGACGCCGACGAGCAACGGGAGCAAAGAGACGAUGACGGUGAACCGGCACAGAAGGCUAACCUUGUGAAGCAUCAUCCGGCCGGUGGUCGUGUGGCUCGAUUCUGCAUUGGACAGUUUAAGCCGGAAAACAUAGCCAACAAUCAGACGGUCAUUUUGCACACACUCGGGCUGCUGCAUAACGCGCUGCCCGGAUUUAACAAAGACGACAUCAAGCUGGUCUCGGAAAGCUUGCUAUCGAUCAUGACGGCCACUAAUGUGCUGAUUCGUACGAAUUGCUUCCAAACCUUCCACUCGCUGUUCACGUCAAAGACGGAAAAUCUUACACCCGUGCUGGCGGGCAAGCUACUUUCCGCACUGUACGAUUACCGGCCAGAUCGGUCCGACUCGCGUCAAAUCAUCGCUUGGUUAACAGUGCUAAAGGAAGGUCACCUGUUUCUGGCCAAGUACGAUCUCGUUCUCUGCAGCACUGCGCUGCCAAAGUUCGUACAGGUGUGUGCGCAGGAUUUCUGGUCCUCCGAAAAGCUGGAUAUCGUGUCGGCCGCCUCCAACGCGCUGAAGGAUAUUCUGUACGAGUGUGUACAGCCGUGCUGUGUUGAUGCAGCGGAGGUGGAAAAGCAUCGUGUCUCGAUAGAGAAGAUUCUGAAGUACAUCAUUGACGUACUGUGUACGGCUCCGUUUGGCCAUGCGUCGAAGCAAGUGUUGAUCAUUUUGGCAAUAGCGUUUGAUACUACCGGACGGUACUUUGGCGAAACAUUGGCACCUGCCCUAACCACGCUCGGCACACGGUACGAUCCUAAGUCGUCUACACGCUUACAAAUCGAGCAUGCCGUGCUGCAAGCUGUGGGAUCGAUGGAAACCAGCUUAGUGUUGCAAUGCAUACCGCUCGCAGGAGAGGACGGAAAGAUCGAUCUUGAUCGUACAUGGAUGUUGCCGUUACUGCGCGAAGGUUUGCAGCAUUCCAGCUUCGAACUGUUCAACAGCGUCAUUCUCAAACUCGCCUACCAGUGCUACAUGCUGUGGCAGAAGUUUAAAGAAUCGGACAACAAACAUCAGGCACACAUCUUCGAGCUGUUGUGCUGUCAGCUGUGGGGUCUGUUUCCCGGCUUCUGUCGCAAGCCGAAGGACGUAUCCAACUUCCGGCUGAUUGCAAAAACGCUCGGCACGGUGCUGAACGAGAAUCCUGAUCUGCGUGCACCGAUUCUGGACGGUUUGAAGGAGCUCAUAACACACCUCGAAACGCCCGCCGAUCGGGAAGAGAUAGGACGGUUUGCGAAAAAUUUCCUACCCCGGCUGUUUAACAUCUACACUACGAAACCGAACGGUAGCUACGAGAACGAAGUGCGGCAAGCCGCAUUUGAAACGAUUCAAGCGUAUCUUUCCAUCACUCCCACACCGGUACUGGACGAGAUGUUCAAUGUGGCAUUGCAGCAGCUGCAAGAAAAGGCUCCGGGAACGUUCAUCUACGACACGCUGUUCGAUAUUGUAGAGCAGCUUGCCCUGUACCAGACGCAGGAGAAGCUAGUCGAAAUCUACAACAAGUACAUUACGGUCAUACUGAAGCAGGACAAAAAGCAGGAAACGGUCGCCAAGAACACCGCCAACAUACGGCGUCAGAUGAAGAAAGCGUUUAAAUUGCUGCGGGAAAUUUUGGCCUCCAGCAACGAAGGUUGCGUUGGGUUUGUAGAAGCCAAGCUGGGUAAUAUCGAAAAGUUGUUGCUGAGUACGAUGCGCUUAACGUACGAGGGCAUUCAGGCACCACGAUUAGAAUGCUUGAAGCUGAUACUGGAAAAACAGUCGACGGUUGUGCUGGAAAGCAAGUUGGUGACGCGCACACUUUCGGAAGUGGUCGCUACGUACCAUUUGGAUGUUAUAAAGAAGCAACAAAUUGGUACCGAGCUGCUGGAAAAGAUCGGUGAACUGUUUGAUAAUCAGGAAAAAAUCAACGAUUUCAUCGAUCUCAUCAUUGCUGGCUUUUUGGGCGACAGUCAACUGAUCACCAACACGAUCGGGGUGCUGCGUACCGUGCUGGAAAAGUUUACCGGAUCGUUGGCGAUCGAUUCGCUGAAAUUUAUGCUCGAUCAGGUGCUUACCUUCGUAAUCGGUAAAACGCGAAUGGAGGUCGACGCGGGGCUACAUUUCCUGUACGUUUACACCAAAAUUCUUCCAAUCCCGCUCGUGACCAACUAUCUUUCGUUGAUCGUAAACUCGCUCUCGACGAUGGUUCCGGACACUAGGCGACAUUGCCGUUUGCUGUUGGGCUAUAUUUGGAAGAAGUUGUGUAAGCGGUUCGGUGCACAGGAAGUGAUACAGCUCGUGCCGGGCAACGACGAGGAAACGCAUAAGCGGCUGAAGAAAAUCCGUAAGGAUCUAGCACGGGCAAAACGCAACAAGCAGGAGCGUGGCGGCAAGAACGCCCCAGAGGAGGAGGAUGAAGAGGAACCCGACUUUGCGAACGAGCUGCAAAAGAAGAGCUUAACCAUCGAUGAUAUCCUGGCGGACUCUGACUCUGAUUCCGGUGUGGAAGAUGAGCGCAAGGGUCGUAAGAAGAAGGGCGUGGAUACGUACAUUAAGGAAUCGGAAGACAAUAUCGUUGAUUUGGCUGAUUUGGAUGCGAUCGGAAAGAUUACAACCAACGAACCGAUGGAUGUGUCUGGCAAGGAUCAAUCGCGUGCUGGCACCAGCAAACAGCGAAAGGAUGAAAACCGUGGCUUUAAAACGGCUGCCGAUGGUCGGCUCAUUAUCAAGGACAUUGAGGAUUACUCCGAUUCCGAUGAAGAUCCGGACGAGGCGGUUGGGUACGUGGAUAAGUCGAAAAAGCGCAUCUACGACGAGGACGACAGUGAUGAUAGUCAGGACGAGCGGGAUGACACGGAGCCGAAUCCGGAAGACGAUGGACCAUCGUCCCGGAAGCGCAAGGCGCUCGAUGUGCUCAGCGCCCGUUCGGGCAUGUCGGGUACGUCGAACCGAUAUGUGGCCGGUGGUAAGGGUAUCCAUCGACCGGUGGCUUCCUCUGUAAAGUCUGGGUACAGCAGUAAGACCAACCGUACGGCCAAAUCGAACGCUUCCACCGGUGCAGAAUAUCGGGCGAAGAAAGCAUCGGGAGAUAUGCUUAAGAAGGGCAAACACGAACCGUAUGCCUACGUUCCGCUAAGCCGCAAUUCGCUCAACCGAAGAAAACGAGCGAAAAAUGCGGGACAAUUUAAGAGCAUUGUGAAUGGGGCCAGAAAAGGAGCAGCUGCUGGUUCGAAGAAACGAUUGCUAAAAGCUGGUACGAAACGGAAGUAACUGAAAACCAAUUCGAUAUAGAGCCCCACCAGCAGCAAGCACACGGAUAGGUUCGGAGGUGUAUGGAGCAAAACAGCAACACACACAUGGUAAAACACACCGCUACACCGCUCGUCAAGAUUGUUUAUAAGAUGAAAUAGAAGUUAACCAACAUUUAUCUAUAUCACUUGAUGAAA